CUGCAGAGCUGAAGUGUUAUACAUCUCGCGUGCAAUUCUUGUGGUAUGUUCACUGAACAACAUACAGAAGUAUCUCCGCUCGGUCUUUACCCGUUUACAAAGCUCUUCCAGUUGUUAUAUAAAGCGCGACAAUACUUAAACUUUACAUUGUACUCCGAGUAAAGUUUACGCGCCAGUGUAGAUGGAUCUAUUGAAUUAACUUUUACCGAAAUAGAAUAAGGUCUCACUUUACUUCAUUUUCAGAAAUAUGGAUCGUGUUAUUGUAGUACUUUAUUUGGUUGCAAGUAUUCAGAAUGUUUUUUCGCUAAAUCGAGGAUCUAUAAAUUAUGAAGAUGCAUCAUUCUGGUCAAAAGAAGGUCAAAAAUAUCUGGAAAAAAUGUUGGAAGUGAACAACAUCGAGCAACGAGCUAAAAAUGUUAUUAUUUUUAUUGGAGACGGAAUGGGAUUAGCAUCAGUAACAGCCGGACGAAUUUUCACCGGACAACAAAAAGGACUCAGCGGCGAAGAAUAUAAACUAAAUUUUGAAGAAUUUCCCAACACUGGAUUUUCAAAAACGUACAAUGUAGACAGACAGGUGCCCGACUCAGCCGGAACUGCGACAGCAAUAUUUUCCGGAGUAAAAAGCAGAUAUAAGGUCAUCGGAUUAGACCCAAAGGCCUUGUAUAACAUUUGCGAGCCGUCAAUGAACGACGAGAGGAAACUUAGGACCGUCGCGGACUGGGCGCAAGACACCGGAAUGGAUACAGGUUUUGUUACGACGACAAGAAUCACUCACGCUACUCCAGCUUCACUUUACGCUCAUGUGAAUAAUCGAGACUGGGAAUGUGAUAGCGCCAUUCCUACAAUAUAUAAAGAUUGUACCAAAGAUAUCGCACGACAACUUAUCGAAGAUGCGCCUGGUAAUAAAUUUAAGGUAAUUUUGGGAGGAGGUGGCCAAAAUAUGGGAACCCCAAUGCCAGAUUCGAUUGACCAAGAGAGUUGUACGAGAAAAGACGGAAAGGAUUUAACGCAAAUAUGGAAGAAGUUCAACCCAGGAGGCAAAGUUGUAAAAAAUACCGCCGAUUUAAUGUCAGUGGAUAUUAACAACAUUACUAAAUUACUUGGAGUUUUUUCUAAUAGCCACAUGCCUUACCAUGGAGUAAGGACAGAUGAAACUCCAACUCUAGCAAAUAUGACAACGCAAGCUAUUAAAAUCCUGAAGAAAAAUAAAAACGGAUUUUUGUUAAUGGUCGAAAGUGGAAGAAUAGAUACUGCUCACCAUAAAAACUACGCUCAAUUAGCAUUACGUGAAGUGACUGCUCUAGAAGAAGCCGUAAAUGUCGCAUUAAAAUUAACCAAAGUUGAAGAAACGCUUAUAAUUGUAACUGCAGACCAUUCUCAUGCAUUUACAAUGAAUGGAUAUCCAAUGCGAGGGGAUGACAUCCUCGGAUUCGCUCAUAAUCGUAAUGAGUCAGGUGCAGCAGCCUAUGAAACGUUAACGUACGCCAACGGGCCCGGUUUUGCUUACCACAGAAAUAAUGACACUAAUUCAAGUCAAACUUGGAUUUCUGUUGAAUUGGAUCCUAAUAGAGAAUUGCCAUUUUAUCAGCAUAUGGCUGGAAUGUACUUGAAGGAUGAAACACAUGGGGGUGAAGAUGUGGGAGUAUAUUCUACUGGUCCAUACUCUCACCUUUUGCGAGGAACAUUUGAACAGAAUUACAUUGCUCAUGUGGUAGCAUACGCGGCUUGUUUAAAGGACUGGCCGUCACAUUGUAAUGAUCAAUACAAAAAGUAUUAUUACGAUACCUCUGACGCAUCAUUAAGUACCGUGUCUCUAUCAUCUCUCAUCUUAGCGACUACUGUUUUAAUUUUACAACUUUUCACUUGAGGUAGUUGUUUUUUAAACAAACUAGUGCAAUUCCUCUAAAUAUUAAUUAUAAUGUAAAGACACUGCCACGAGACAGUGUUUUCUAAAAUAUUUAUUAGACAAGUUUUUUUUUUUAAUAAAUGAUUCAUUAUAUAAUAAAUAUUGAAUAUUGACAUUGCAGGUCAAUGCAAAAUAUUGAGAUUUUUAAAUAAAUUUAUUAAAGAUAACUGUUUAUUAUUUUUAAAUUGAAGCAAAUUAAAAUAUUUGUUAUUUUUAAUAAAAAUGAAACGAAAAAAUGUGUUGUAUUUAUGUGAGCAAAAAUAACGAAAGAAUUAUGUAUGAUUAUGUGUGUGAAAAAGCUAAUUGAUUUUUAUAAGAUUUUAUAAUUUAUAUUUAACAUAAAAUAUAUUAAGUUACAGAUUAUUAAAA